GCUGUGCUGCUUGCUGUCAUGGCCUACGACCGCUACACUGCCAUCUGCAAACCUUUGCAUUAUUCCCGCCUCAUGAACACCAAGGUGUGCACUGUACUGGCCUUUGCCACGUGGACCUGGGGCUUCCUAAACUCUGCUCUUCAUACAGCUCUCAGCUCCAGGUUGGACUUCUGUGGAGUCAACCACAUUAAUCACAUCUUCUGUGAUCUCCCUCCACUCAUGAAAGUGGCUUGCAACGAUGCACACAUCAAUGAACUGGCAAUCCACAUAGGAAGCGUUUUUGUGGGUGGGGGGCCCUUCCUGUUCAUCAUUUUCUCAUACAUCUUCAUCCUGUCCUCCAUCUUGAAGAUUCGUUCCACCUCUGGGAAGUGCAAAGCUUUCUCCACCUGUGCUUCUCACAUGAUCAUUGUCAUAAUUUACUACGGGAAUGGGAUACUGAACUAUAACCGUCCACGCGCUGGCUAUUCUUUAGAGAUAGGCACUCUGGUCUCCACCAUGUACUGCAUCAUCCCCCCAAUGCUGAACCCCCUCAUCUACAGCCUCCGCAACAAGGAGGUGAAGGGGGCCCUGAAGAAAGUUCUGGAAAGCCAGAGCAAGUCUACAUGUCACCAUGUUACCACCAGUAAAAUAGCCAAAAUAUUUUCCUGA